AUGAGCGGUAGAGGCAAAGGAGGGAAGUCGCGCGCGAAGGCAAAGACUCGUUCGGCGCGUGCCGGACUACAGUUCCCCGUCGGUCGCGUCCACAGGCUUCUCCGCCGUGGUAACUACGCUGAACGUGUCGGUGCCGGCGCUCCAGUGUACCUGGCUGCUGUGCUGGAGUAUCUAGCUGCGGAAGUUCUUGAGCUUGCCGGCAACGCCGCUCGCGACAACAAGAAGACGAGGAUCAUCCCUCGCCAUCUACAGCUCGCCAUACGUAACGAUGAAGAGUUAAACAAGCUGCUUGGCGGUGUCACCAUUGCACAGGGCGGAGUCCUCCCGAACAUUCAGUCUGUUCUCCUGCCCAAGAAGACCGACAAGACUGCCAAGACCUGA